AUGCGCGGAACAGAGGCGCGCGCGACGAUCAACGGGCGGCAGGAGGGGGAGGAACUGGAGGAGCGGCGCUUCUCGCGGGGCGUUCGGAAAAGAGAGGCGGUGCGGCUGGGGUUGAAGGAGGGAGAGAAGUUCGAGAGUAUUUUGGACUCGCCAAAUAGCAGCGCGCGCCGGCAGGGAAAGGCGCAGAUGGCGUGUGAUGGGGACGGCGGCAAGCGGCGGAACGGGAGAGUGAACGCGGGAGCGAAUGGCGGAAUACUGGGGAGUGCGUGGAAGAAAGCGCGGAGAGGGGCAGCGAGCGCGCAGCUGCCGGAAGCCCAGGGGGAGCGCGGAAGCGAGGGGGCGAGGGCGAGCGAAGCGGGUGCAGGCAGAGCGGAAGGCAGAGCGGAGGGGGGCGCAGAAGGCGCCCGCAGAACGAGGGACGCGGAGGGGGAGGCGGAGAGAGGGCGAUUAGUAAAAUCGGUGGGGUUUCAUGGAGGAGAGGUGGCGCGGAGAGAAGUUGCGCGCGAGGAGAGGAGCGAUGACGCGGAAGAGAGCGAGAGGGCAGCAUGGGGCGUGCUGGGGAGCGUGUCUGAGAUGAUUGCAUGCCUGCAUGCCGCCAUGCACAUGCGCGUUCCCGUCACCGCCCUCCCAUGCGUGCAUGUGCACUCUGUAGAUGGACAACGCCUGCCACUCGCACCACCCUCACUCCCAUCACCACUCACACCACCUCUGCUCCUCACCCGCCUGGCAACACCAACGCACAAGCAACCAGUGCAGCCCGCAGCAGCAGAGCCGGCACUGCAUGUGGGUGCAGUGGCAGCAGCGGUGGGCUCUGAGCUAGCGCGGGUGGUGGGCCGUUCGUCGCCGUGGGAUGCUGCUGGGGGCGCCGCGAGAGUGCAGCACUUGGCCCGGGCCAUGCGGGCUGUGGUGCAGCGCGGGCGAGCAGAGGGAGGAGUGAUUGGAGAGAAAGGAGAGAGGGGAGAGAGAGGAGAGAGCGGAGAGAGGAGAGAGCAAGGAGAGCGAGGAGAGGGAGGAGAGACAAGGGAGAGGGGGAAGAGAGAAGAGGGAGGAGGGAGAGGAGAGGAAGGAGGGAGAGGAGAGGGAGGAGAGGGAGGAGAGGCGGAAGAAAUUGGAGGUAAAGGAGAGGUGGGAACGGGAGGAGAGAACGGUGAGGUAAAUGAUGGAGAGACGGAUAGUGGCAAGGAAGGGAAGGGAGAGGAAGAGGGGGCAAACGGUAUUGGGGAAGGGGGUAUGCAGGCAGGGGCAAUUGCAGAAAAUGCGGAGGGGAGGCAUGAGGCAGCACAGCAAGGCGUGCAUGGGGCUACUGCUGCGCUGGACAAGAGUGCUGCCAUGGACGCUGUGCGUGCUGAGAGUGCUGUCCAUGACUCCGCGCACAUGGAGGUGCAUGUCCCACAGCAACCCCAGGCUCCCCUGCAUGCACCUCUGUCUUCCGUUCAACCACAGCAGCAGCAGCAGCAGCAGCAGCAGCAGCCCAGCACCGAAAAGCACCCAUCUCCACCACCCAUGCUGCCACUACCAUCCAUCCCCGUCACUGCACCAAUGCCCGCGUCCGCCCCCGCACAGGGCAGGGCAGCAGGAGGGGGGCGGUGGGGAAUGGAGGCGGCAGUGGUGGCGGGGUCAGAGCGGUGGGGCGAGGAGGAGGCAGGGCGUGUGAUGGGGGAAGUGGCAGCGGGGCAUGGCACGAUGGUGUUGCUCAGGGAUGAGCAGCAGCGCGUGGCAGCAGCUGUGGCCGCCAUGCACAUGGCGUAUGGCAUCGCUGUGCCACCACAGGGCGGGGAUGGCUCACAGGCUAGUGAUGAUCAGUCAAUCAAGCAAGGCCACGCAACGCCGGCACAGCGUGAGGCCAGUGGUCAGGUGGUUCUGCCCAAGUAUGGGCCGCUCAGGGCACGUGGGGAUGCUCGUGCUGCUCAGGGUGCUGCUCAGGGUGCUUCUCAGGGUGCUGCUCAGGGUGCUGCUCAGGGUGCUGCUCAGGGCGCUGCUCAGGGUGCUGCUCAGGGUGCUGCCCAGGGUGCUGCCCAGGGUGCUGCCCAGGGUGCUGCUCAGGGUGCUGCUCAGGGUGCUGCUCAGGGUGCUGCCCAGGGUGCUGCUCAGGGUGCUGCUCAGGGUGCGACACCAUCCACUGCUGAGCAGGCUGACACAAGUGGGGGGUGA